ACACACACACACACACACACACACACACACACACACACACACACACACACACACACACACACACACACACACACACACACACACGGUCGAUAUGGCGACCAACAGAAUAAACCAAUGUUUUUUAUCCGAGAGAAGAUGAAGUUGUCUGGACUCAUGAAGCAUGAGUUUCAGGUCCCGCACUAUGUGAUGAGCCGUCAGGACGUGUGGACGUUGUUAUUUACGCACCCUUUCUGAUUCCAGUGGAAUCUUCUGCUUGUUGUUGUUUUUGUUUAAUGAAACGCACACGGUCACGCCUAGGGUCGUACAUGUAGACCGUCCGGUGACGAUGCCUGUCCAAGCGCCGCAAUGGACCGAGUUCCUGCUGUGUCCCAUCUGCACGCAGACGUUCGAGGAGACGGUGCGGCGACCCAUCAGCCUCGGGUGCGGCCACACCGUCUGCAAGAUGUGCCUGAACAAGCUGCACCGCAAAGCCUGCCCCUUCGACCAGACGGCCAUCAACACCGACAUCGAGCAGCUUCCUGUCAACUCGGCCCUGCUGCAGCUUGUGGGGGCUCAGGUGCCAAAACCUCAACCUGUGGCACUCAUUACUAGUCCAGAAGACACCAAGCACUACGAUGAGGCCCGGCAGUGUGUGGAGGAGCUCGCCCUCUACCUCAAACCUCUCAGCAGUGCAAGAGGCUUGGGGUUGAGUAACGCAGCACAGAGCAUGCUCAGCAGACCCAUGCAGAGGAAGCUGGUAACCCUGGUGCACUGCCAGCUAGUGGAGGAAGAGGGCCGGGUGCGUGCCAUGCGCGCUGCCCGCUCGCUGGGAGAACGUACUGUCACAGAGCUCAUCCUGCAGCAUCAAAACCCCCAGCAGCUCUCCUCCAACCUGUGGGCUGCCGUACGCGCCAGGGGCUGCCAGUUUCUCGGACCAGCCAUGCAAGAGGAGGCCUUGAAGUUGGUGCUGCUGGCUCUGGAGGACGGAUCUGCUCUCUCCCGCAAGGUGCUGGUGUUGUUUGUGGUACAGCGUCUGGAGCCCAGAUUCCCUCAGGCCUCCAAAACCAGCAUCGGACACGUGGUUCAGCUGCUUUACCGUGCCUCCUGUUUUAAAGUGACCAAGAGAGACGAGGACUCGUCCCUGAUGCAGCUGAAAGAGGAGUUUCGGACGUACGAGGCUCUUCGGAGAGAGCACGACUCUCAGAUCGUCCAGAUCGCCAUGGAGGGAGGUCUGCGCAUCGCCCCUGACCAGUGGUCCUCUCUGCUCUACGGGGACCAGUCUCACAAGUCCCACAUGCAGUCCAUCAUCGACAAGUUGCAGACGCCUGCGUCCUUUGCACAGAGUGUGCAGGAGCUGACUAUAGCACUGCAGAGGACGGGCGACCCCGCCAACCUGAACCGCCUCAGACCUCAUUUAGAGCUGCUGGCCAACAUCGACCCCAGUCCAGAUGCUCCGCCUCCAACAUGGGAGCAGCUGGAGAAGGGUCUGGUAGCAGUGAAGACGGUGGUGCAUGGCCUGGUGGACUUUAUCCAGAAUCACAGCAAGAAGGGCACUGAGCAGCAGCAGCCUCCUCAGCACAGCAAGUACAAAACCUACAUGUGCCGGGACAUGAAGCAGAAAGGAGGCUGCCCCCGAGGUGCCAGCUGUACCUUCGCCCACUCGCAGGAAGAGCUGGAGAAAUACCGUAAGAUGAACAAGCGCCUUGCUCAGAGACUUCCGUGUGGUCCCUCCUUGCUACCCGACGAAGGCGUGCCUCUGGAGGGCAUGACACGCAAACCUUCACCCCUCACCAACGGCAUCGUGGCGCCGUGUCCACCUCCGCCGUCACCGCUUUUAGCACGUGGACACGACCCUUCAGCCUACGAGCUUAUGCGAAAGCCCAAACUGGACAGCCUGAGUGCUCCUGGAUCUCCACCUGAUCCUUUGGAUAAGACCGGCCUGCCCCUGCCCCCACACGCGAUUGCCCACCCAAGGGCCGAGCACCUCCCUGUGCCCAAGCAGAUUCCCGGUGUGCCUCGUGGCGCACCGCCACUCUACCCACAGCAGCAGCAUGAGCUCUUCUAUCCCGAUGCCAGAGCGGCGUCAGGAGCGCAGUACGACAGCCAGUACUCCACUGCUACCCCGUACCCUUACCAGCCGACGCAGUAUGUGCCACCACGCUACAUCCGUAACCCUCUGCCCUCGGGCGAUGCCUCGUACCAGGAUCCGUACCCUGCUUACGGCCCUGAACGCCAAUACCCACCUCCCCACCACUCUGGGCCACCUUUCUCAGGUGUCGGUGGCCAUCCUUACCCUCCCCCCUCUCACUAUGAUGCCCGUCGGCACGGCCCGUACGCAGUCCCUCCUCCACCACCACCCCCUCAGCCUUUCGGUCCGCCCCGAGACGAGCUGGUACGCAUGAGCCCUGUAUCCUUGGAUGUGCCACACACUCCAGGGGCCCCCAACUCCCUCUACCACCCCGAGGUAGCAUCCCGGGAGAGAUAUCCCCCAGAAGGUUAUUACCCCCCUGCACCACACUCCGGGCAAAUCAGGUCCCAUAUAACGGACCCGUACGGCCGCUCCCAGCCGAGCCUGGAGUCCCUGCACCGCAGGCGUAAGGAGCUGCUGAACCAGCUGGAGGAGAGAAAAGUCAUUUCUCCUCCACCAUUCGCUGCCUCCCCGACUCUGCCCUCUCACUCUUUCCCCAACGAAUACCCUCAGGAGUACAUGGAGGACGGUUCCAAAGCUUUUGGCACCCGAGAACCCGACUACGCCGGGCAGUACUCACCGUGGUCAUGCGACACCUUCGGCUCAUACAUUAGCUCCAAAGAUCCCAAGCCGAAAGACGGCGUGUCCGCCGGAGCAGCGGAAAUGAUGAACAUGGAGGGAAAGGGCCUCAGGGAGCCGCCUCUGGACGGACAGCGGCGCUCGGCAGAAGCCAAAGACGACGAUCCCAUCAUUCCUUUCGGCCCGCUGCCCACGGUGUCGCCGUUUGGUGCCAUUUCUCGCACGUCAAAAACAGGCUACCAGACCACGGGCCCCGUGCAGGCCAUGGCAUCCUCACAGGCCACCGGAUCCAAACACAUCACCGUAGCUGAUUAUUCCUACGGAAACCAUGGUGGCGGCUGGGGCGGCGUGUCCUACCCUCAGCACCAGAGCAUCGCUUCUCCGGGACACUUCAGCGAGCGGCUGCCCGCGUCCACCCCCGAUCGAGAGCAGCUGAAGAUGGAGCUCCAGCAAGUCAACCAGCAGAUCAGUCAGCAGACGCAGAUCCGCAGCAUGGAGGCUGCGAGUAACUCCAUGCUGCUGCAGCGAGAGGCCAGCGCUCUGAACGCUCAACCGCCUGCCGCUAAAUGGCCUGCGGGUGGUGCCGUGUCCAGCGAGCAGCUCAGCCUCGAACUUCACCACGUCGAGAGGGAAAUAGGAAAGAGGACGCGUGAAAUUGCUCUGGAGAACCAGGCGGCACAGGAAGUCCCGUACAAGCUAAAGGCCACUGAAAAUGGCCAGAGUGACCAUAAAGCCCAGCUAGAGGAGCUCUCUUUAGCACUGGGCGACGUCUCGAACGGCGUAAGCAGCAUCGUUCCUGCCAACAGCGUCGGGGGAUCCAUGAUGUCUCUGUCCAGUAACAUGUCUACGCUCAGCCUGUGCUCUGGAGAGCAAGCAGGAAGUGGAUCAGAGCUCCAAAAAAAUGGAGUCGUUCAUUCUUAAGAGCACACUCACACACACACACACACACACACAGACCUCUGUAUGAGAUUUUGGUCAUUUUUAUUCAAAAGCGUUAAAACAAGUUAAUGCGCCAAUACGAGGAAAACACACACACACACACACACACCUGCAUGCUGUUACAUGCAUGCACAAAAACACUUGUUUUAUUUUAGAAAAAGAAAUGAGCAGUAUCUGCCGUGAUUAUGAAUCUUUUUUUCUUUUUGUUCUGUGAAUGAGCUUUUGUUUUUGUUUUAAACGACUUCUCAUCGCCUGGAAACCAGGGCAUCUGAUUAUCCUGUGCACUUCUUUUCCCUCCUCCUCCUCCUCCGCAUUUCGUUUUAAAUGAACACGGCGCAGGAAGAGGAAAGCGAGCCGACUCCCCGUAGCACCUUACGACCGGCGUUCUUUUUAAAAACACCCGAAAACCUCCGUGCAGCCUCGGAUAUCACGUGACAGACCAGAUUUUUAAAAAAAAAAGAAAGAAAGCACGCAAAGCCUUUUAUCUGUCCAUUUUGUAUGGAGUUUCUCUGCAGCUUUCCCCCGCGCGGUGUAAACCGACACUGUGGCGAAUCCAUCAGGGGAAGAAAAAAAACGAGCCGGAGCUGCCGCUUCAGCGAACACGAGGAUUUGAGGUUAACGGAAUCAAUCGUACGAUUUCAUUUAAUUUAUGGUUUUGGCUAUAGAACUGUUCCGAAUUUCUACGGUGGGCGUCGAGCAUUCUGUUUUAUAGAAUGCGUUCAAAUGUCUUUAAAAACACACAAACACACACAAGCACUUUCUUCCAUGUUUUUCUAUGGGCGUGUACUUUUUUUAUUCAAGGAAGAUCGUCUUUUUUUGAUCCUCGUGUUCGCCCGAGCUGCAGCGCCGUGGGUUAUUCGGACGAACCGUUCCGUUUUUUUUUGGACUCCCUGCGCCACUUGAGAGCGUGCAAGCUAGCGAGCGCGUGUGCAUGCGUCGUGUGGAUCGCAGCCUCGUUCGCGAAUUCCCGUCAAUUCUCCCUGACUUCUGUGAAGUUGCUUAGCGUAUGUAUUCUGGUCACGUUCACCCAUUCAGGUUAGCUGCUGCACAGGAACAAGCAACGAACGCCGCGGUGCUCGAAAUGUACCGAUACGUACCGAGGACGGUGUAACAACGAACCCUUGUCGAUCGUCUGAUUCUUCAGACAGACGAAACGAGAUCAGACGUGGAAUCGAGCUCCUCGCAACGACGCCCGUUUGUUUUCAAACCGAUCUCCCACCGCGACGUCCGGUCGAGCCGAUCGCCUCGCUUCUACGUAACCGUGUGUUUUUACGCACAUUAAUCAUAACCAACAGAUAACGAUGCCCCUGAAACCGGAUCAAGACACGGACAUGCUCUGAAGUCUUCCUAUAGUGAUGACAUUCUUCACGUGCAACAUUUCCUUCUAGUCUCUUGAGACCGACUAUGAUAUUAAGCUCCAAUUUUGGGUGCAACCUCUUAACGUGUUUAAAAAAAACGAAAGAAAAAAAAAAGUUUUUUCUGUCUUGAUUAUUUCGUGCUGUAGUUACGAUUACUGUUACAUUAAUGAUUUAUUGGGUGGUUGUUUAUUUUUCUUUUCUUUUCGUUUUGAUUUUUGCUCGAGAAGAGCACGCACCCUUUUCCCAAGCAAGCGUCAAGAUCGGACUUGAGCCGCGUAGCCGUACAGAGACGUACGUGUAGAAUCUGGCUCACCGCAGUCCCGUCUGGAAGCCUAACAACCGCUCGUGCUUUUUACAUCCACACUGGUGCCAAUGUCGCUAAGAAUUAAGAACAAACCAAAUCCGAUCCGCUGAACCUUUUUUUUUUUUUUCCUCGGACGCAGUUUGCCUUUUCCGCCGUCGUUUGGUUUGAGCAGCGCUUUCGCCGUGAGCUCGAAUACACCAGAGCCAGUAGGUUAACUUUCGGCUGUGCUCGCCCAUGUGCCAGCCAAUUGUGAGCUGGUUUAAGCUGAUGUAUGUGGAAGAGGACAGACAGCACUAUCCUCUAAACGCUGUAGAAAUCACCAGUUGAUGUCGGGGUCUCCGAAUCCAGAUCGCCGUAACGUUCUGAUGUUUUUGUUUUUUUCUUAACCCAAUCGGUCAAACUUAAACGUCCCAGAAGGGCAAACUUUUACACCAGUAUUGAUGAAGUAUUUCAAUAUGCAGUACUGUGUCUGUUAUUAACAGAGAAACAAAGCCAGAGAGGGAAAACGUUCACCUCACCACAGCUUGUGUUAUUCAGAUCCUGCAGGAAUGUACUAGAAGUAUUUAAGCUUCCUCAGUACACGACUGCACCAAAGUUUGUGGGGUGUCCUCGUCGUCCCCCCUUUCUCCCCCCUCGCGUACCUUUUUUAAUCAGCGAUCUCACGGAGUUCGUUGCUGUCGCUUCUUUUUUUUUUCUUCUUUUUCUUUUCCCUAUUGCCCCCCCCCAUUUCUGUGCUUUUUACAGAUAAAAUCAUGUUCGUAUCCAGCCACUAAAAACCUUAAGUGGCACCAAGUGACUCGUUUAUAUAAGAGAGAAAGUUUUGUGCAUGAUUAUUAUUAUAUAUAUAUAUAUACAUAUAUAUUAUUGUUUUUUUCCUGGAGCAGAGGAGUCACAGUGUGAAACGUGGCGAUCUUUGCGAGCAGGCCUGUUCCUAAUGGAUGAUAUUCAUUUCUCUAUGCGGAUCGUGUCUGUUUUGUGCGGACCUGUAGCACUCGUUUGAACCAUAAAGGCGAAUAAACUCGUGGUUUAGUCGUUUAUUUUUUUUUCUUCUUUUCUUUCUCCUUUAAACCUUAACACUGUUAUUGCUGUGUCUAUUAUUUUAAUUGGGUGGGGCUACUGUUUUUUUUUUUUAUUAUUAAAACAAUUAAGUUUCUAUGAACAAGUCUUGUUUCAAAAUUAACGGAAAAGAAAAACAAACCUCUUAAUUUAAGGUACAGGCUUGAUUUCAAACAAGGAAAGGUUUUUAUAUAUAUAUAUACACAAAUAUAUAUAAACUAGAUUAUACUCCAUUAAGGAAUGUUUCGAACCAUCUUACUCCAAUGUGGAUGUAGUCAUUAUUACGCCAUGUUAUGACUUUGUAAAACAAAUUCACUGUGUGAAAAUGGGUUUGCAUUUUUUGUACAAUACAAUCUGCUUUUUUUUGUUUGUUUUUUUUCUUUUGUUUUUUUUUUUUUGGUUCCAAGAGGUGAAACUGGAUAUUUCGAGGAAGGCAAAAAAAAAACAACCCUUGUGAUAUUUAAAAAAAAAAACCACACAAAUAAAAACCAAACAAACACAAACUUGUGUACGGCGACGGUGAUUAUAAACAAAAGGACGGAUUAAACGAUAUUGACACUCGA